AUGUCGGCGGAGGCGUGGGCGGCGCUCAGUGAGCGCGCGUUCGGCGAGGUUGUCUUCUCGAACGAGGGCCGCCAGGCGCUGCCCGAGGCCAUCUCGAGCGGCGACCUCGACGGCGAAGAUCGCCCGAGACUCUGCGACCUGUACUUUGUGAGCUGGGACGCGCGCCUCGUGGAGAGCAUCGCACCGGGCGGAGACGCGCCGCUCCCCGACGCGGCGCCGGCGGCGAAGGCGGAGCCGGCGCAACCCGAGGUGGCGGCGGAGGAGUCGUCUCUGCGCUUGGGCGACGACUGGCUGGCGCUGGCGCAGGAGCACAUGACGGACGCGGCCACGCUGCGCGAGGGGUGCGCCGUCGGCAAGCUGUACCGCGCGGGCGAGCGGAAGGCGAAGGAGUCGCCCCGCGGGCUCGACGAUCCGGACGCGAUCGCAUGCUUCGCCGCCUACCGGCAGGCCAUCGAUCACGGAAAGCAUGGCGCGGGCGUCGAGCUGCCAGAGCACUUGCGCAAGGAGCUGAAGCUCUGA